AUGCAUUACUUACAUAGAGCAUGGCAAAAGCAAGUGCAUGGGGAUGCAUGCAUGAUUGGGAUAGCAACAUGUGCUUAUAUUGAUAAUGUUGAUAAAUGCAUACAUUUCAUUAGUUUAUGUACAUAUCAACAGCCUAAUACUUUCGUUGUGCCUCUAGAAGCCCCAGUGUAAACCGUACUAUUCGGAGUACUCACACCUCCGUCUCUUAAUACAUCACAUGUGUACAAGUCACUAUCUGGACCUGUUCAUUACGGGGGUGAUUGGACUCAAUGUUAUAACUAUGGCGAUGGAGCAUUAUCAACAACCAAGGGUACUAGAUGAAGCUCUGAAGAUCUGUAACUAUAUUUUCACCCUGAUUUUUGUCCUGGAGUCUGGGUGCAAAAUGAUUGCGUUUGGUUUUCGCCGCUUUUUCAAAGACAGAUGGAAUCAGUUAGACUUGGCAAUUGUCCUUCUUUCCAUUAUGGGGAUCACAUUGGAAGAGAUUGAAGUAAAUGCCUCACUACCAAUAAACCCCACCAUUAUUCGGAUCAUGAGGGUUCUCAGAAUUGCUAGAGUCCUAAAGCUGCUGAAGAUGGCUGUUGGAAUGAGGGCUUUGCUGGAUACCGUUCUGCAGGCUCUUCCUCAGGUGGGGAACCUAGGCCUCCUCUUCAUGCUGCUCUUCUUCAUUUUUGCAGCUUUGGGAGUGGAACUCUUUGGUGAUUUGGAGUGCAACGAUUCCCAUCCAUGUGAAGGUCUUGGGAGACAUGCCACCUUUAGAAAUUUUGGAAUGGCCUUUUUAACUCUCUUCCGAGUAUCUACAGGUGAUAACUGGAAUGGCAUUAUGAAGGACACACUGCGUGACUGUAACGAGGAAUCAACCUGCUACAAUACAGUCAUCUCCCCCAUCUACUUUGUCUCCUUUGUGCUAACUGCACAGUUCGUUUUGGUCAAUGUGGUCAUUGCUGUUUUGAUGAAGCAUUUAGAGGAGAGCAAUAAAGAAGCCAAGGAGGAGGCAGAGCUGGAGGCAGAGAUGGAGCUGGAAUUUCAGAUUCAGAACAUGCAAGGUCCAGACAGCGACUCUUUCCUGUGGGCUGGACGGGACCUUAGCUACACUCAGGAUAAUCCCUAUGGAUAUAUGAACUCUGUGAAGGAUAAGGUGGAUUCCCAGCUGUCAUUAGUUCAUCCCAUGGAAAGACAUAUGUUUGAUACAAUAUCAUUACUAAUCCAAGGAUCCAUAGAGGGGGAGAUGAGGCUUAUGGAUAACCUGUCUGGUUCAGUGUGCCAUCAUUAUGCCCUUCCUCCAUAUGAAAAAGGUUCAUCUGAAAAUCAAAUCCCACUGGCAGAGAUGGAGGGCUUGUCCCUGACUUCGGACAUUCUGUCUGAAAAGUCCUGGUCGCUGGCCUUAACGGAUGACUCGCUGCCGGAUGACAUUGUCUUCAGUGUCCUUGAAUCCAAGACUGACUUUUCUCCGGAGCAAAAAUCAUCAAGCACGAAGGAAAGCAACUUGUUAAGUGUGAAGAAGCCACCGGUGUGCCGAACCCACUCCCUGCCAAAUGACAGCUACAUGUUACAGACGGGGGAAUCUUGUGCAGAGUGUCAGGCAAAGAGGAUACCAGUCUGCCAAAAAUCAGGUUCCAGUGUCCAUGUUCAGUGUCAGUUAAACGACGGCAGUUGUGGACGAAAAGAGUCUACGAUAAAUGACAGAAAAUCUGAAGGCCUCAUACCAAAAUCAACGUACCAAUGCGAUCACCGUCCACUCACAGAAUGCUGUAUAGACAGAAGGCGAUCCAUAACGACUCUUUUGACAUGCUGUUGGACAGUAAGGAAAAUGACAACGGAGAUACAGUGGAUCAUCUCUUCGUGAAUUUACCUGUUUGCCAACCAUCUGCAGAGGUGCCAAAUGCUCCAAAGCCAAAGGAGCCAGAAAGAACUUUUUGUGAUCUGGAAAAAUGCACUCCAUACACACAACACUGUCGCGAUACUCACCAGUGGCCGAGUCCUGCCCAGACUAAUAGGUACUCUUUGAAAGAACUAUCCUCAGCCCAAGAAAGGACACAUUUGUUGAGUACGUCUCUUUGUAAAAAACAUUUGAGCUUAAAAGCGUGCGAAACGCUAAGACUCUACUCUGCCGCUUACUCGUUAAGCCAGAAGGUAAAACUGGAAAAUAGCAACAAUGUAGUUCUGAAGGACAUGAAGAAGUUCUACAGUGUUGAUGCACAUGGUGCCCUUAGAAAAACCACCUCAUGGCUGGAUGAAGCCAGAAGACAUUCUAUUGAAAUUUGUUCCAUGGAAAAUAGUCUUUCUCGCUACCCAGCCUCCCGUUCUUGUGGCUUUAUCAGCCAUAUACUCAACGAGAGGGACGACUUUCUAACCGUGCAGAGAACUGGUGGACACAUUGCCUACUGCCCGGAGUGCAUGCCUGCUUCUAGACAUUCCUGUCUGGAACCUGAGACCCUGAAAAGACAAUCUUACUCAUUAGAUUCUAAGGACCUCCCUAACAUUGUUGAUCCUUUAGUCCCAGAGAUGUCAAUAUCUUAA